AUGACUUCCAAAUUAUAUAUCAAUGAACAAGUUGGUAUUGAUGACACCAAGAAAAAUAAUGGCUCCAAAGAGUUACCAUUCAAAACACCAGCUUAUGCUUUAUUCAGUGUUGUUGAAAAGUCUUUAGAAGCUACUACUAACAAAGAACCAGAGUUACUAGUUUUUAAGAAAAAUGAAGAAACCCCAGAAGCUGGACCAGAUUACUUCCCAAUUACUGCUAGUGCUUUAAAGAAAGCCCGUAAAGGCUGUGAAGGUCUAAAAAAAAAGGCUAUUAAAGCUGCCUCUGCAACUGAGCAAGUUACCAAGAAAUUAGAAGCUUUAGAUUUUAACCAAUUAAAAGAAGAUAAAUCUUUACCAAAGGCAAAACCUUUUAAGAUCAUUAAAAGUUAUAAUGCUAUUGACGAAAGAGUCAAAAUUUCAGGUUGGGUUCAUAGAUUACGUAACAAGAAAUCCUUGUGUUUUCUUGUUUUAAGAGAUGGUACUGGUUACUUACAAUGUGUCUUAACGGGUGACUGUGCUAAAGCUUCUGCCAACCUAACGUUGGAGAGUACCGUUUCCCUCUACGGUACCAUUAAAAAGUUACCAGAAGGUAAAUCUGCACCAGGGGGUGUUGAAUUAUCUGUUGAUUACUUUACUUUAAUUGGAUUGGCUCCAAGCGGAGACGAAAGUUUUACAAACAAAGUUCAAGAAAACGCUGACCCUUCUCUUUUAUUGGACCAGCGUCAUUUAAUGUUGAGAGGUGAAACAUUAAGCGCAGUUAUGAAGGUCCGUGCCUCGUUGUUAAGGUCUGUUCGUAGGUUUUAUGACGAAGAGGGUAUAACCGAAGUUACCCCACCAUGCAUGGUCCAAACUCAAGUUGAAGGUGGUUCCACUUUGUUCAAGUUAGACUACUAUGGUGAAGAAUCAUUUUUAACACAAUCUUCCCAAUUAUAUUUGGAAACUUGUUUACCAAGUUUGGGUGAUGUUUAUGCUAUUCAAGAGUCUUUUAGAGCUGAAAAAUCACAUACAAGAAGACAUUUGAGUGAGUAUACUCACAUUGAGGCUGAAUUAUGUUUCCUAACAUUUGACGAGUUGCUAUCACACAUUGAAAAAUUAAUUGUUACUGCUAUUCAUUAUGUUUUGGAAGAUCCAGUUGCUGGGCCAUUAAUUAAACAGUUGAACCCAGACUUUAAGGCUCCAAAGUCUCCAUUUAUGAGAUUGGAGUAUAAAGACGCCAUUAAGUGGUUACAGGAACAUGGUAUUAAGAAUGAAGAAAAUGAGGAAUUCAAGUUUGGUGAUGAUAUUGCUGAAGCUGCUGAACGUAAGAUGACGGAUACUAUUGGUGUUCCAAUUUUGUUGAUUAAAUUUCCAGUUGAAAUCAAGUCCUUCUAUAUGAAGAAAUGCAUUGAUGAUCCACGUGUUACUGAAUCCGUUGAUGUUUUGAUGCCAACCGUUGGUGAAAUCACUGGUGGCUCUAUGAGAAUUGAUGAUGAGGAGGAGUUGAUGGCUGGUUUCAAGAGAGAAGGUAUUAACCCAGAACCAUACUACUGGUUUACGGAUCAAAGAAAAUAUGGUACUGCUCCACACGGUGGUUAUGGUAUUGGUACUGAACGUAUUUUGGCGUGGUUAUGUCAAAGAUAUACUGUUAGGGAUUGUUCAUUGUAUCCUCGUUUCAGUGGUAGAUGUAAACCAUGA